GACAGCGGGACUGGCCCUAGAGGCCCCGAGUCCCCGCGAUCUUCUCUGGUGUCGGAACCCGCCGCAGCAUCGUCACCAUGUCUCUGGCGGCCUCCGCGGGCCGGGGCCCGGGGCCCGUGUGGUCCCCCACCCACGUGCAGGUGACUGUGCUGCAGGCGCGGGGUCUGCGGGCUAAGGGCCCCGGAGGCACGAGCGACGCGUACGCGGUGAUCCAGGUGGGCAAGGAGAAGUACGCCACCUCGGUGUCGGAGCGCAGCCUCGGCGCGCCGGUGUGGCGGGAAGAAGCCACCUUCGAGCUGCCGCCGCUGCUGUCCUCCGAAGCUGUGCCAGCGGCCGCCGCCACCCUGCAGCUCACCGUGCUGCACCGUGCGCUGCUGGGACUCGACAAGUUCCUGGGCCGCGCGGAGGUGGACCUGCGGGAGCUGCACCGCGACCAGGGUCGCCGGAAGACGCAGUGGUAUACCUUGAAAUCCAAACCAGGAAAGAAGGAUAAGGAGCGAGGAGAAAUUGAGGUUGACAUCCAGUUUAUGAGGAACAACAUGACUGCUAGCAUGUUUGAUCUCUCCAUGAAAGACAAGUCUCGGAAUCCAUUUGGAAAACUGAAGGACAAGAUCAAAGGGAAGAAUAAGGAUAGUGCAUCAGAUACCACUUCGGCCAUAGUCCCCAGCAUGUCACCCUCAGUAGACAGUGAUGAUGAGUCUUUUUCCAAAGACAAGAAGAAGAAAUCAAAGAUCAAAACCUUGUUCUCAAAGUCGAAUUUGCAGAAAACCCCACUUUCUCAGUCUAUGUCUGUCCUGCCUACUUCAAAGCCAGACAAAGUGCUACUUCGUCCUGGAGACUUCCAGUCCCGGUGGGAUGAUGACGACAAUGAGGAUGAGUCCUCCUCCUCUGCCUCAGACAUCAUAUCCCACAAGAAAACAGCAAGUGCAGACCCUAAGCAGCUGAGCCAGAUCAACUUCAGCCUAUCCAAGAAGGAAGGACUCUCCUUUCUUGGGGGCCUUCGGUCCAAGAAUGACACACUUUCCCGCUCUAAUGUCUGCAUCAAUGGGAACCAUGUUUACCUGGAGCAGCCAGAAGCCAAGAAUGAGACCAAGGAAAGCAGCCCUUCUUCUUCCCCAUCCCCCCAGGGCUUCAGGAAGAAGCAUUUGUUCUCAUCUACUGAAAACCUGGCUGCUCGUUCUUGGAAGGAGCCUGGGGAAGGAGAGAGCAUGUCUUAUGAUAGGUGGCUGUCUGAUGCCUCCAUCAAGGAGUCCAUGAAGUCCAUGUCUCUGCCAUCCUACCGACCACUGUCUAGUGGUGACAGUAGGGAAAACAUGGCUUCAUCGAAUUCGGAGGCCACAAAAGAAGCCAAAGACAGCAAGAAGCAGGAGAGCAAGAAGUCCUCUUUGCUUUCUCUGGUGACAGGAAAGAAGGAUGUGACCAAGGGCAGUGAAAGCGAAAGCCCUCCCAGCAUCCCAUGGAAGGAGAAGGAAGGUACUCUGAUGGAAUCGCAGCUGAGGGAGGAAGACCUCAUGAGAAGUUCUGAGAAAGAUGCUGCAGCCGAAGCCUCUGGACGGGGUAACUCCUUGAACCCCUUUGAAGAUGUGCCGAUCUCAGAACCAGAAGCCAGACUCGAGUCCAAGUCUGAACCAAAGCUACCUGUUCCCUCUGCAAGGGCUCCCCAAACCAAAGCUGUUAAGCCUAGACUGGAAGUGUCUCCAGAGGCUCAGCCCAAAGCCAGGCUUCCUUCUUCCCCUGACUCUCCUCUUUCUUUUUCUGCUCUUCCUUCUAGUUCUGAUCAGGCCCCUGUCACUUCUGAAUUGGGGCAUAGUUCAGAGACACAGUCCUCUGAAAGUCCCUCUGUCUUCUCUUCCUCAUCAUCUCCCAUAGUAGCUCCAAUUUCCACAUCUACCCCAAUCGAACGCUGGCUCCCCACAGGCCAGGACCAAGCCAGUUCUGAAGAACCAUCUUUGCUCCUUAAAACAGAAUUGCAAAAGGAGUGUUUAACACCACAUCCAAGUACCAUGUCUUCUGCCCUGGGAUCACUUUUUAAACAGCCACCCAUCUCAACAUGGAAAGAGAUGGAAGAUUCUCCAAGGGGGAAGAUCAGUGAGACAGGCAAGGGGAAGAAUGCCAGCAUUGAUGAACCAGGAAAGCAUCUCCUGGAGCAUCCUGAAGGGGAGCAACCAAAAGAACUCCUGAAAGUUUCCUCCCCCAAACAAGACCACAUCCCCUCAUCUAAAGAGGCCCAUGAAGUCCCACUUGUACUUUCCCUCAACAGUGAUGGAAAUGUAAGCCCUGCUGGGAAGCCUACCAUGGGGAGAGAUGACAAAGUUAGGGAUGGUGGGAUGACUUCUGCAACUGAGGAAGCAGUGCCCCCAUUUGAUGCCAUGAUGCAGAAACAGGAAGAGAUGGGUCUGAAUGCCAGUGAGGGCCAAAAGAGAGUCAAGAAACACGUAUCGUUUUCUGAGCAGCUCUUCACAGAAGAGGAGGCAGAGAAACAUACUUGGUUGGGGGAAGAAGACAAAAAUAAUCCCCAGGAGGUGACUUCUGAAGGGGCUACUGAGGAAGAGGUGCCUGAUGCAGAGCUUCCUGGGUGUCUCCAUACAGAAGACUCAGAGAGGGAAUCUGUGGCCGUGGCCCAUGCUUGCAGUGCCCCAGCGCCCAUGGAAGAUCACCUUCUCACUCCUUCUAGUGAUGAGGGUCCCUCAGAAGACCCCAAAAGUGAAGCCAGCUCUGUGAAAGGCACCCCACUCUUCAGGAUUGAGGGGGACGAUGCCCUUAUGGCUCAAUAUCAGAGCAAAGCCAGUGAUCAUGAAGGUUUGUUGUCUAACCUCCUGAGCAGCCUUGGAUCUGCCUCAGAUGUGAAGUCCCCCAUCAUGGCUGAUCUGAAUUUGACCCUUCCUUCCAUUCCUGAAGUGGCCUCAGAUGAUGAAAGAGUAGAUCAGGUUGAAGAAGACAGGAAUACAGCAAAGCUGGCUGAAGCAAGAGCUUCAUCCUUAGUCACAUUUCCUCCCUGUCCCAAGACUGGAGAGGGACUGAGUGGUGGGGCAGAUGGGUCAGCACCCAUAGAGAAUCUGCACGACUGCAGGUCAGAAGCCCCCACAGUAGCUCCUUCAGAGCAGAUGGCAGCUUUAGGAAUUCAUAAACCACAUCUUGGCAAGAACUCAAGUGUGGAUAAACAGCUGCCAGUCUGUGACAGUGGCAAGGAAGAAAGACCAAAGGGAGAUGAGAGGCUAAGUCAGCCUCCUGGCCCAUCCCUGGAAUCUCCUGUGCACAGUCCCUCCCUUUCUGAGACCUUUCCUGCCAUACGCUCUCUCCCCAGCUCUCCACAUUCCAACACUUACCACACCAGUACAGCAGAAUCUCAAAAAAAAACCACAGCAGAGGGCUCCGCUGGUAAAAUUGACAAUUUUGGCAAGAGGAAGCCGCUUCUUCAGGCCUGGGUCUCACCCUCAGAGACACAUCCAGUCUCAGCUCAGCCAAGCGCUGGAACUGGGGCAGCCAAGCACAGACUUCACCCUGUGAAGCCAAUGAAUACAACAGCCACCAAGAUUGCUAACUCCAGCUUGGGAACUGCUACCAUCAUCAGUGAGAACUUGAUCAACGAAGCCAUGAUGAAGAAAUACAAUCCUUCGGACCCUGCCUUUGCCUAUGCACAGCUGACUCAUGAUGAAUUGAUCCAGUUGGUCCUCAAACAGAAGGAAACCAUAAGCAAAAAGGAGUUUCAGGUUCGAGAGCUGGAAGACUACAUUGACAAUCUGCUUGUCAGAGUCAUGGAAGAAACCCCCAACAUCCUCCGAAUUCCGGCUCAGGUUGGCAAAAAAGCAGGAAAGAUGUGAACUGCAGAGAAUAAAACACUGAGAUGUUUUUGUGAGUUUGUUUCCACCUGCACUUGAGGUCAAGAACAUGGUAUGCCUGAUAAUCAGCUAACAGACUCCAAAUCACCAUCUCCUUUGUGUGUUAUCUGUCAACAGUUAAUUCUACCAAUUGAAACCAGGUUAAUUAUUACAAUGAAUCUUUUGCUGUACAUUCCCAGGGUUUUAUUUUCAGAUGCCACCGUGCCUUAAACUAGGUUGUAAAUAUUUUAUGCACACCAGAAACAUGGUCUUAAGAACUAAUCCUGAGUCAGAGAUUCAGAUGGCACUAGAGAUACUAAUGUCUUUUAACAGUGGGGUUGUCUUUCUUUGAUAUUGAGCUUUUUCAAAUACAUAUUUCCAGCCAUUACAGUUUGGGAUGAGAUGAGAAAAGGACUGUGCAAUUGGUGCUGUUAUGUGUUUUUGUCUUGGCCUUUAAGCAGCUCAGGUGUAGCUUUUUGACUGCAGAUAUUGAAUUCUGAUGCCAUGUAAACUUACCAGGCUUCUCAGACUUGCUUCUUGUUUCUUUUUUUCUUUUCUUUUCUUUUUUUUUUUUUUGACUGGAGCAGUCAUUUAGGGAAAGCCUCUUGAGUGUGCCUUUUAGAUUCUGAACAAACCAAUUCUUCUAAACAUCAGAUUCCACCACUCUCUAACCUUAAAAUAUCCAUAGGUCCUUUCUCUUGGGGAUGUGAAAAGUAGAAUAUGGGACUUAGAGAAUCACUUUUCACUCAACUAGGGAAAGUUGGUCAAAGUCAAGGUUCCUACUGGCUGCACUGCCCUCAUCAGUGCCUUGAUAAGGGAUUGAGUGAUCCAAGCUCUUACUAAAACAGUUCUAACAAUAUAGAAUAAGUAAGAUUGCUUUGGCCAUUCUGGCCUGUGCCUUUGCUUGGCUUGCUGUUUACCUUGGCAGCAUUUCCUGGCUGGGGGCCAGGACCCACUGACUCCUCAAGAUGAAUAAGGCUGGGGCUGGGGUAUAACUCAGUGGUAGAGCUCUUGCCCAACAUGUGCACGGUCCUGGGUUCUGUCCCCAGCACCACAAGGAAAGAGGAAGCAGGAACCUUUAAUCUUGUGGGUCAUGAGAAACCACAGACUUGGACCCUGAAGGACUAGAGAUGCAUCCAUAUGACUUGUCCUCUAAAUACUGCAUGUCACUGCCUGAAAGGAAACCCAAGUUACUCCCAGAAUAUUGCAAGAGUUGACGUGCAGGGCUUAAUUUAAUUGAUAAAAUUUAAAAACAGAACAGAAAUGCUUCGGUCUUUAAACCAUUGCUUCUUUUUUGUUUUCCUUCAUGAACAGACUCACAGGCAUUUUACCCCCUCGUUAGAAAAUUGCAGAGUGGGGCUGGGGAUGUAGCUCAAUGCAGAACAUUUGCCUACAUGUGGGAGGCCCUGGGUUCCAUUUCCAGCACCAGGAAAAAAAAAUUGUGGGAAACAAGGAAGAUGAUACUUAUUUUUGGAUGACUAUAUUUUUAAAAUUAGACUGAUACACAUAUUUUUUUUUUAAGCUAGGUACCUGUCUCCUUUGUAAUGCAGCACCACUUCAAGUUUUUCAGGUAAUUUCACUGUUAUUCACAUCAUAUUGGAAUUAGAGCAUUUCAUGUUGCUCAUUUUUUCCCUCCUGAUUACAAUGGAGUCUCGUCAAAUCCUGACAUCGCUUUUGGGGAAGAACCAUCAGAGGUCAAUGGCAUGGGCAUGGGUUGAGAUGGUGGCAGUUAUUAAAUGGAGACUCUCUUCUGCAUAUGCCCUCAUUACAGUGAGGGCAAGAAGCAAGAUGAAUGGCAGCAGAAUCUCUUUUCAGGAUUGUGCUUGCUGCAGCCUUGGUUCUAUUAGAGCACUUUAAUCUGAAGGGUGAUAUUGUAACUUGAUUUAUCUAAUUAGCUUGUAGUGAUCCACAACUAUUUUAUUUAAUUUAAUUCUCUUCCUGUAGCACUGGGGACCACUGUAAACUUCUCAGAUGCCUUGGAUGUUUGUAGUGCUGUGAAAUGUAUUGACAUGCCUCUAAAGGAAACUGUAUAUCCACUUGAACUCUGGAAAUGUACAUGUAUAUAUUUGUUCUGCAUCAUGUUUUUUUACUUGAUAUAAAUGUAUUUUACUGUGAUAACCCAAGUGGGAGGCAGGUAUGUGCUGGAUGGUUUCUCUCCCUUGAAAGAGCUAGUGUGGGGACCUGCAUGGGACCUGAGAGUUUUGGAGAUAUGUGCUGCUAGGAACUUGGGUACGUAACUCAGUCAACAUUGGAGAAGGACAUCUGGGUAGAGGAGUGAAUUCCUGUGCUCUGAAAUGCCACUUGGGAACUCUGAAGAAUGAAGGACAAUUUACUUCAAGGGUGUCUGGCUUCUGCCCCUGCUGGAAAAACAAUUCACUUUAUAGCAUUCCUUGUACCUCAUAAAAUAGAUAACCUAGAGGUCGUUCAGUUACUAAUUGUCCCUGACUCAGUUAGGGGCUGUGGGAGGGGACUUACCUAAGAACAGCUUUAGCCUGCUCUGAGCCAUUAGCAGAAGUUGGUGAAUUGGAGCACUGGAGCACUCUAACUGGCACAGGCCUAAGGACAUCCAUCCAUCUGCGCAAGGAGAGCUGGCAUUUGCACGAACCUGCAGCAGAUGCUAAUACCUGACGGGCCCUGGGAGGAAACUGUGCCCCACAGAAGUGGGAGAAGCUCUCUUCUUGGCCUUGCCUGGUUUCCUCCAGAAACAACAGCUAGGACUGGAGGGAAGCGUUAGCUUGAAAACCAGUGAACUUUAUUUGGAGGUCAGCUUUGUGAAAAAAAUGUCAAUCCUCGACCCAGUUGUUUCAUAUCAUCUCAUUCCUUGGGUUUUGCCAGCUGUCCUGCCUUUUUAUUCCAGUGUGUUGACCUCAUGGAGGCAGCAGAAGGUAGGAGCAAGCAACUGCCCUUUGCCAUGUUCAGAGCUAUGGACCCAGAGUGGAGGGCUGUGCAUGUGCACCUGCAUCAAUCAGAUGCAGCCCUGUGGUUGCCAGCUGGACUUCCAGUGGGUGUUCUACAGGGCACAGAGGGUGGAAGGUCCUGACACUUUGCCACAUACUGUCUCAAAGGCCAGAGGCCUUGUUUAUGUUAAAUUUUGCAAGACCUUUCUCCCUGGGUUCCUACUCCCAAUCAACCUUCUUUUGUUUUCUCUUGGUGCUGGGGAUUGAACCCAGGGCUUCUCACAUGAUAGUAAGUAUGUGCUUUACCACUGAACUAAAGCCCGUCUUUUUCCUUUUUUAAGACCUGUUAAUUAAUUGACUUAGAUGGGGACCUUUGCCUUCUAGUUAUCCACACCAACCUCAACUCUGUAUUCUCCAUUUCUACUAUGUGAGUUACUAAGUUGACUUUCCCCUUCCUCCAAUUAAAAUUACCCAGAGUUUUUGGAUUACAGAAUAACUAUUUCCUGCUUUGUUACUUUGGGAUUUUUAAAUUUCUUUGGUCUUAUUUUUAAGAAGUAACUGAAAUUUUCCUGUAACACUAAAUAAAAUGGUACUGCCUUUC